AUGGACACAAAACUACAGAGACGGAGCACCAUCUCGGUGCAUUCACCCACCCCGUCUUCUCUGCGACACUGCUACUACCCAUCUCCAGCUACUUCGCCUCCCAAGGAUUCGUUGUCUUUAUCCCUGUCCCACGAACACAGUUCGCGACGCAAGAACACAUCUAUCCCUCCGAAACCUCCUGCCCUAGCCCGGGUCAAGGGGUCUGUCGCCAUGGACUCGUCGCAAAUGAGUUCAGAAAUGUCAUGGUUGAACGACGCAUCACCCAUGUCGAUGACGCCAAGAACAGCAACACCUAGAACGCCUCAGCGAUCGAGAGCCGGUACCCCGGAACCCGAGCCUACUACUGCGACGCUGGUCAAUCCGUCCUCAGCCUUGCUACAAGAUUUAUUGAAAGAACAACGCGCAACUAGAACCACGAAGGGAGGAUCAGACGAACAAAAACAAGGCAAUCCUCGAACACCCGAGCGGUCUCUUCCGCAGACUCAGCCCCCCUCCCAGUCACCAGCGCAAUCACAGGCACAAUCACAAACGCAGUCUCGAACCCAAUCAUGGGAAGAGGUUGGCUCCGACAAGCAGCGCAGGGUUCAUAGUGUGGCCUCCUCAGGGACCAGACAGCCAAAUGAUAUGGGUGUAAGAGAGAUGGGCGAGUAUGUGUCAAAAUUAAACAAGCAGAACUUCGACUUGAAGCUCGAGAUCUUCCAUCGUGUACAGCAGAUGACGGCAUUGGAGAAGAAGCUACAAAGAAUGGAAGGAUUGGAGGAAGAACUCGGGCGCCUGCGCUCUUUGGAAGAGGAAGUGCAGGAACUCCGAGAAGCGGAAGCUGCUAACCAGCGGUUGCGGGACUCGAAUGAGCAAUUGAGACACGAAAUCGACAGGCGAGACCACGCGAUCACGGAAGCGGUCAGUAUGAUCUGCCUUCUCGAAAACAAGGUCAUAGAACUGCAAGCUGGCGAAGACCUAUCCAGACCCUCGACGGCUCGGCCGGAUGAGGAGGGGGAUGCCGCAACCCCCAAGCAAAAAAGUCCUGUUCGUAUUCCGGAGAGGAUAUCGUCGAGACGGGGUACUACCUUCCUGGAGGCUUGCCAAGGCUCCACUGCAUCUCAUUUACUCAAAAGACCACCGUCAUUCUUGGAUAAUGAAAAUAAAAGCACAGCAGCGCUCCGCAGCUUGUACACUACGUCUGAGGAUCAGUCCCAUGCUGCGAUGAGUGAGAUCACGAAAUCGGAAAGUUUACAGUCAUUGACCGACACGCUCGACCCGGCAUCACCAAGGCUUAGUGCCCUCAGUGAAUGCAGCGAACUCUUCGCCCUUGGUCCUGAUGGUGAUGAUGGGUUCAACCGGCUGGAGAUACCUGUCAUCAGAACGGAGCCGCCAGCGAAUGAAUCGGUACUAUCUGGCCUUGCUGUUUCCGAAAGUAGAGACCAUAUGCGUAUCGAGUCAUGGGUUCAACCACCACACGAUGUCUUCGUGGAUCCUAUCUCGCCCCACGAUAUGCGAUCGAACGUUUCGAAGGGGCCUAAGAAGACAAGUUUUGACACUGAUUCUCACAGUUCCAGUCAAAAGACGCGCGUUGAGAGCGUGUUCGGAACAUCAAAAUUACCACCCACACCUGAUACAAUGAGUACUGCAUAUGUUCCCGGUCCCAGCCGCUCUAACGGGAGCAUUGUCGCCGAGAAGAGCCGUUACGAUCAGGGGGCCGCGUUGGGGUACAGGAUCCGACGCCCACGUUCUGCUGAUCAAUUAACGACAAGAAGGAGCUCGUGUCAUAGUGCUGGAAGUGAGGACCUGGCACCGAAUGUGAGUGAUAUUACACUGCCACGACAAAGCACGGAUGGAGGAGAUGUGACGCCGUCAAUAUUUCCUUUGAACUGCAUCACGUCCAGACAUGAUCGACUAUUCAAUCACGAAUCCCUAGACAAGCCCAAUUUUGGCUAUUACGGCGGCAGUGCGCUGUACAAUGAAGAUAGCUUGGAAAGAGUCCUUUCCAAGAUCGAUAACAGUCAUUAUCAAAGGAGGCCGUCCAGAUCAAUUGAAGAACUAUCGGCCACGCUGUCAUCCUCGCCGCCAUUGACUCCUCAAGAAUGGGUUGAAGCCGCUAAGCCCACUUGUCAAGAUGAGAAAGAGCAGCCUGACUUGCCGCAUCUGGGUCCUAUAGCUUUCGAUUCUGGGUUGCUGGUUGCGCGCGCACCCAGCCAGGCCUCUUUCCUCGGCCGUAGACAUAGCAUUGAUUCAGGCUUCAGAGAAUCUGAUGUUCCUCGAAUUCCCACUCUCGACUUGCAGUCGCUAGACCUGGGACCACAACCUGAGCCAGACACGGAGCGUCGUAAGCGGAUCAGUUUGCGACCUCUAUUCGGGCGUUCAGGGAAUGCUCGUCGCCUUCAGACAUCACCAUUUUACGAUCAAACGGAUAGCGAUGAUGGAGCACCUGCGCCUAUCAUUCGUAAAACCCGCAACGUACCGCCAAACAAGCUGUCUAAACCGAAUCAUUCCUUGGAGGGCCAUCGUGAUUUCUCUGCUUCGAUGCCGACAUACGCCGAUGGAAUGGUGAAUGAGAUCCACAGGACUCUCCCUCACUCUCGCACCGAGUCAUCAUUCACGACCAACCCCGCGCUCAAGCCGUCGGCUGCUGGCGUCAAGGACCACAAAAGACGAAGUUCCCUUGGAAUCUUCGGCUGGAUGAAAGGAGCCAGCAAGAAGCCGGAGCCACAUUCACCUGUUAAGCAUGCCAUGCCCACCAGUGGGAUCUUGAAAGAUAGACCGACUCGCAUGGCUCAGGAGUUUACGAAUCACGGCCAUGAGCCCGCCAAAAAUGCCAACAUGCCCACAGUGAGCUUUGCCCUGGAUGCGAAAUCCAGAGGUGCCGUUCGUUCUGACGAAGAGGACCCAGCACGGCGGCCGCGAUAUAUGGACAGACGAUCUCGUCGAGCUUGA